CAUGUUUUAUUACUUGCUUUGUACUGCUUGGCAACGCGACAAUUUCAUCAAAAUUUGGGACUGGCAACGUCAUCAUAUCAGCCAGCUGUUUAGUUGUUGACGUUUUACUUUUUGCUGUGUUGCUCAAAUUAUUUUCCGAAAAACCACAAAACCAUGGAUAUAAUAUUGCUCAUAGGCGUUGCCGCGGCUUUCCUGGUCGUGCUGCUAACGCUCCUCUUCUUACAGAGUAGAAACGCCAAGAAGGACACAAAAGCCGAGCCACAACAACAACGUGGCGUUCCACAACGUGCUCAGGAAGGUGUACCAAGGCGCGCACAAAUCGCCAGAAAUCAACGCAAUCGGCUGAACAGACAGAAUGUGGCAGCAGCAGCGCCCGCAGCCGCACCAGCUGCCGAUUCUGAUAACGAUGAAGAAGGCGCCGAUGGAGCUCGCGUGCCGCAAGGUGCUGUGCUAGAUGAGAAAAUGGGCGCCAAGAAACGUGCCAAAAUGGAGGCCAAGGAGCAGAAGCGACUGCAACGCGAGCAAGAACUGCACGAGCGUGAGCAGCGCAAAGUGAAGGAGGCAAAAGAGGAGGCCGAGCGCAAGGAACAGGAUCAACUGGUGGAGGAGCAGGAGCGGAAAAGGGCGGAAGCUGAGCGUUUGGCCAAGGAGGAGCGCGAGCGCAAAGAACACGAGGAGUACCUGAAAAUGAAGGCAGCGUUCAGUGUGGAAGAAGAGGGCUUCGAGGAGGGCGAUGUCGAAGAGCAAGAAAACCUACUCGCUAAUUUCAUACAAUAUAUUAAAGAUAACAAGGUCGUGGUGCUGGAAGAUUUGGCCAUUGAAUUCAAACUGAAAACCCAACAAGCGAUUGAACGGAUACAGGAGCUGCAAGCAAAUGAAACGCUCACGGGCGUCAUUGACGACCGUGGCAAGUUCAUCUACGUGUCCGAAGAGGAACUGGCGGCUGUGGCCAAGUUCAUUAAGCAACGCGGCCGUGUCUCUAUUACCGAGCUGGCGGAGAGCAGUAAUAAGCUAAUUAAUUUAGCGCCUGUGGGCAGUUCCUGAUUUGAGAUUUGUUUUAAUAGCUUUUUGUUAAUAGCGGCUUGUUAAUAGAAUUAACAAUAUUAUCUGACAAACUACAAUUUAA